AGCAAACAAGUUUGCUGUUACAUCCAGCCCUACUCGUUAUCAAAGCCAAAUCGAUCACCAUUUUGUUGUUGCAAGAUUAGCUCGAGCCGAUUAUUAGGCGUUGAGCAGGUAAGUCAGAAGACUCAAAUUUUUAGGCAAGUUCUGAAAUGAGUUUUGACGAAAAGAGAAGUGCAUUCAAGGUUUUUUUAGAAAAAGUUGAUUUCUGAUCUAUAAAACGAACACAGACUUUUACAGCACAAUGUGCAUAAAAACAUUGAUUUAAAGAUUGUGUUUUGAAUAAAAAUUGCACUUUUGAUUCCUAAAAAGAAGAUUGCAAUGUUAUUAGUCAUUGAAAGGUUCAGUUGUACUUCAGUCGGUAAUACUGAAAAGAGGUUGUACUCUGUGACUACAGCACAUUGUUAUUAGCCUCCAAGUCCAUCGUGAUCGCCUUAAAGGGAGCUUUGAGCAUAACGAUACUUGUUUUAGAGAAAGUGUACUCGUAAUACUCACGGUUGACGAGGAUUUUUAAGGUUUCUUAAAUUUGUAUGCAUGUUUUCGCUUUUAUAGAUGCAAUGGGGUUUGCCUAAUUCAUUGGUCUAAUGGUCAGACUCAAGAGUUUCACUGUCAUUUUUUUUUUAAAUUACGAAUUCACUUUAUUGCAUCUCCAUAGAUUAAAAUGGCAAGAAGAUAGAAACCAGACCCCCUGAAGGUUUCGUUGCCGCAAUAUCCGCAAUAAAUAUCCGCUUUCUAUUAAGCAAUGCUCGUUUCCCUAGGUUAGAUUGGAAAAGACGUGACGUACAUGGAUACAAUGAUUAUUGUAACGACAAGUAACGGCAGAAUUCCAUACAGGUAAGGAUGCUUGACAGUAAUUUGAUUUCCCUUGUUCUAUUUACCGCUUUCAUUCUCUUGGCCUGUGAUGUUCUAAAAAAGUACUCAAAAUGAGCCAAAAUAAACAGAGCGAGACGAGUACCUAUCUAUCAUUUAACUUUGACCAGCAUAGCUGAUUAAGUGAGCUCAAAUAUAUGAAGCCAAAUUUUAUACGAACCAUUAUAACAUGAUGUUAACUGCAAAAUAUAUCUUCUAGAUAUGCCUUACCAUCUGCGUACAAUAAUUGUUCCCCGUGGGCCUGGGACUGGUGGCUCAGUCAUGGCCAGAAUGACGUUAUAAUAAAAGGAGAGGAGACUGCGCACCAGCAAACAACGAAAACCGUUGACCAAGAGCAGGCCUCCAAAGGCCGCUCCGAAAAUAAACACUUGGGUCAAAACUGAACGUAGAGAGCUACACUGGCUUGGUAUCUUUAUUUAGGCUGAGAAGUUUUUCAAACAGGGCGAAUUCUUUGUCUGUUGUUGACGGGUCAUCUUGCCGCUUUCACAGCUCAAAUGCACUGUAUAGACGGGUUUUAAUGUAUAACCAUUCCGUGAUACUAAUGCAGUGCUCAAAACAUCAAAAGCACUGAGUUUAGGCUUUGCUCUCACUUCUAUCUUAGAUAUACUUGCAACUUCAAUGAUCUUCUAUAAUUCAUCUUUGUCCGAUCGAUAUCCUCAUCAAGCCAACCCACACACGUAGUUUCUAUUUGUUUAUCUAUCU